AUGACCUCCCCAACCAAACUCCGCAUCCUCCCCCUCGCAGACUUCAAGCCCGCCGCCUCGUCUCGCGCCUGGGUCUCAAUACCAAACCCCAACAACCUCCCCCUCCUCGCAACCGCCACCUCCGACAAAACAGCCCGCGUCUACUCGCUCAAAAACUUCACGCUCCACUCAACCCUCGAAGGCGGACACUCGCGCUCAGUCCGCAGCGUAGCGUGGAAGCCAGCUGCAGGCAGUAAUGGCGUGCUGAGUAUCGCAACGGGCAGUUUCGAUGCCACGAUGGGGAUAUGGCGGCGUUCGGAAGAAGAGGCGUCGGGCGGUGGAGUCGAGGUAGAGAUUUCGGAACUGGGAGAGGAGAAGGACGAGGAGGCUGAUUGGGAGUUUGCGAUUGUGCUCGAGGGACACGAUUCCGAGGUUAAGAACGUGGCGUAUUCGCCGUCGGGACAGUGGCUUGCGAGCUGUUCGCGGGAUAAGAGCGUGUGGAUCUGGGAGGAUAUUGGGGAGGAGGGGGAUGAUGAGUUUGAGACGAUUGCGGUGCUGCAGGAGCAUGAGGCGGAUGUUAAGUUUGUUUGUUGGAGGAAGGAUGAUGGGAAUGGGGAGGUGCUUGCCAGUGCCAGUUAUGAUGAGACGAUUCGGUUCUGGAAGGGGGAUGAUGAGGGGGAAUGGAGUCAGAUUGCGCUGCUAAAGGGGCAUGAGGGCAUUGUUUGGUGUUUGGAUUGGGAGCCGGAAGUCAGCAUGAAGAUGUUUGCUGUUGAGUCGGAUUCAAUGAACGAGUAUAUACAACAGACUCCACGCCUCAUAUCGUCUUCCUCGGACUGUUCGAUACGGAUAUGGUCAAUUGCACCUGCGCCACCUCCUCCAAAUCGACCUUCUUACUUCAACACCGGUAUCCCUUCUACAAUGCGGCCUGGGCCUACCAACGAGACGUGGGAAUGUACAGCUACGCUUCCAAAAGCCCACGACUUACCUAUAUACUCGAUUCGCUGGAGUAAAAAGAGUGGGAGAGUGGUAUCUACAGGGGGUGAUGGCAAGAUAGUCAUUUACGAAGAGACAAAGAAAGGACGGACCUCAGUAGGCGGAGAAAUCGAACGGGAAUGGGUAAUAAUUGGUUCGAUAGAAGGAGCGCAUGGUCCCUACGAGAUAAACCAUGUAGCAUGGUGUACUCGUUUCGACGCUGGAAGGAAGGAAGAAGGCGAAGAAAUGGUCAUCUCUACAGGAGACGAUGGUGCUGUCAGGGCGUGGGCUAUUGAGGAUAUCGUAGAGAAAGGGGAUGGAGCUGUAGAUCCAGAUGCUAUGAACGGCGUCUUGAUGGCACGAGGCGCACAGGUGACAGGGGUCAUAUAUAGAUCUGGAACUGGCCUAAAAGGGCAUCAAAAGUACCAGGACCUCAACGAUAUCUAG